GUAAUAGGUUUCCUCUCCACCCUUGAAGCUAAAGUGAAAAUCAAUCAAAUAAAGUGUAAAAAUGAAUUUAUUUGUUCAAAGUUGGAGUGAUGGCAAGAAGUUGCCUAAAAGCUACAUAUUUCCACCUGAAAAAAGACCAGGGGAAAAUGGAAUUGCUCCCAAAACCAACCAGAGUGUUCCUCUAAUCGACCUCACCAAUGCAUUUGGUGAUGCUCAUCAUCCUGCUCGUGCUGAUGUCAUCCACCAGCUCAUUAAGGCUUCUCAAGAACUUGGAGCCUUUCAGAUUAAAAAUCAUGGGGUGCCAAGCAAAUUACUUAAUGAGGCAAGAAGUGUGAUCAAGGAAUUCUUCGAGCUUCCAGGGGAGUAUAAAGAGAAAUAUAUUUCUUACGAUAGUAAGGAUAUAUUCACUUUGUAUACAAGCAAUUAUAAUUAUUUUGCAGAAGACCUUCACUUUUGGAGGGAUGGUAUAACACAACGAUGCUUACCUGUUGAGAAAUGCGCCCCUUACUGGCCCGACAAGCCCGCUAAUUACAGGGAGGUUAUUGGAGAAUUUACGACAAAAGUAAAUGAAGUGGGAAAGGAACUGCUAAAGCUGAUUGCGGAGGGACUAGGGCUUGAAGCUGAUUAUUUCGAAAAGGCAAAAGUUGGGGAUGUGGUUGACAUGAAUGUGAAUCAUUACCCAUCAUGCCCGGACCCUAAGCUUACUCUAGCCGCCGGAAGGCACAGGGACCGUAGUCUCAUAACCAUUGUUAUGCAAGGGGAUAUUGCAGGCCUUCAAUUUGUCAAGGAUGGAGAAUGGAUCCCAGCUGAUCCUAUUCCUGAUGUUUUUGUUGUUAACCUGGGCAAUGUCAUGCAGGUUGUUAGCAACGGAAAGCUUAAACCCGGUGAACAUCAGGUAGUGACAAACGAGAAUGUAGCUCGAGAAAGUGCAGCUGUUUUCCUAUGUCCGGCAGAUGAUCAACUAUUUGGACCAGCUAAAGAACUUACUGAUGAUGAGAACCCACCAAUAUACAGGGAUCUUCACUAUCACGAGCUACUUGCAGCUCACAAUCGAGGACGUACAUUUAAAUUAAGCUCUGACCAAACCUUGAAGACUUUCCUACUUAAAGCUUGAUUGAUUAAAAGACCACUAUAUUUUCUCUAAUAUUUAAAUUCGAUCAUGUUAUAAAUAUUGUACUCCGUAAUAAAUUGUGCUUUAUUUAAAUAUGGAACAAUUAAUUGAUGGAUUGAUGUAUCAAUUUACAUUUAAGUUUUAA